AUGGCCUGCGUGGACGACGCUCACCUGUCAGUGCGAUUCAAGCAUGGCAUCCACACCAUCUACCUCUUCGUCGACGCCCUUGCGCCCAUGUCAAACGUGACACAGCUGCUGCUUGAGGUGCUGCAGGAGCGGUAUCCCUCUGGCCUGACCACGUCCCUCGCGCCCCCGAAGCAGACGUCGGUGCCCGUCGAUGCGAGGCUGGCAUACGCCGUGCUCACUGUGCCAAACGACCCGACCUCGGGAUGGAAGCGUCUAAAGGUCGGCAGCGACGAAGAGUUCACGCCGACCAAGUGCGGCCUUGCGGACAACUCUGUUGUUGCAUUCGCAGUUCUUGGUGCCGAUCAGGACGACGACGACGACGUGCAGUUUGAAGUGGAGUGGCCACGCGUCGACGAUGAGCUCUACGAAGAGGGCGGCUGA